AUGGGCAUUCCUUGUGAGUUCCCAGGUUUCUUGUGCAAAGCUCAGUUACUUGUCCUAGGCCCAGGUGGCAAACCUUUUCGAGCCUUCAGUGAUAUGCAGGCUGAAGGGACAGCGGGUGUGGGUCCCCGCCUCCAGCAGCAGCGCUGGACGAUCCCUAAGGGAGUCUUCCCCAGUUGGCGCCGUCGGGAAACCGGGGUGACCCGGGACGCUCCCCGCCCAGCAGGGGUCGCCGAGCGCACGAGGCUGGACUGCGGCGGGCGGAUGUUUAACAGCAUCUCUGGCCUUGACCACAGGCCAGAUGUGGCCAAAUGUUUCUCCCCUGCACAUUGCUGGGAGCCUAUGCUCUGGCAAGCCCCACCUCCCAGGAGGAGACACAGUGCUUUGAGGACACAGCCCAUGGUCUGCCCAGCUACACCUCACUUCUCUGCCAGAGCCGUUAAAGCAGGCAGCACUGAGAUUCAUGUUCAGCCUACAGCAAGGUUAAGGCGCAGGACCCCAGCCUCCCUCCCUGGGGAAGAGGAGACUCCACUGCUGCUCCCCAGAACCCACCUGAAGACCUUGCUGUGCAGGCACAAGUGCCAGACUUUUCCUGAACCAGCAGCCGUAGCCCCAGGCGAGGCCACCCCUCCCAGGACCCUGGAGGACAAGCCCUUGCUGCUGGAGCUGCAGAAGCUGCCAGGAUUGGCUAACACAGACUUGAGCGCCCCAAACCCCAACAUCCAGGUGACCAUCGAGGUGGUGGAGGACCCCCAGGCCAAGGUGGAGAUGGACCUGCUGGCCGAGCCCAGCAAUCGCUGGCCUCCAGGCGCUCCUAGGUGGCUGUUCACUAAAGAGCUCUUCUGGCCCCUCUUCUGGAGCUACCUGGAGGGUGAAGAAGGGGCCACUUUCCUCAAGGGAGGAGCCCCAGGGGAAGGGGAAAGGGGGGAAGAGGGAGAGGAACAGCACCUUGCAAAGCACAGGGAGCCCGAGGACCAGGAGGACCAGCAGGACGAGCAGGAGGAGCUGUGGUCCAGCGGGGCCUCCGAUGGCUGGGACCAGGACUGGCUCGGCCAUGGGGACUGGGACUUCAAGGAGCCAGACAGCUAUGACUAUGAGCCUCAGGAGGAGUGGAGCCCCUAGUCUCCAUGCAGUGGGAGCUGCAGCAGCGGCAGCCAGCAGAGGACUCGGCCCUGUGGCUAUGCCUGCACUGCCACUGAGUCCCGUGUCUGCAGUCUGCCCCCUUGUCCUGGCGCUGAGGACGAGGACACCUUGGGUUUCCCCAGCGAAGGGUGGCAGCCCCUGGCCCACAGUGCUACGGACACGCUCGGUCCAGAUGUGGACAGCUGUGAGAAGUGGCUGAAGUGCGAGAGUGACUUCCUAGCCAGGUACCUGAGCCAGGUCCUGCGGGACCUGCCCAGCUGCCCCUGUGCCUACCCGCUGGAGGCCACGUCCAGGGCUGUGAGCCUGCAGGACGAGCACCAGCGCCGCAGCUUCCGGUGGAGGGACGCCAGCGGCCCGCAGGAGCGCAGCAGCACCCUGGCCGCCCAGCACUGCUGCUAGGACGAGGGCAGCCUGCUGCUGACCCGCGGCAAGGGCGCGGGCGCUCCCGACCUGGUCAGCACUGACUUCUACCCGGAGCUGCACUUCAAAGUGGACACGCUGCCCUGGAUCCUGUGCAAGGGGGACUGGAGCCGCUACCACACUGUGCGGCCGCCCAACAAUGGCCGGGCCUGCGCCGACAACCCCCCUGAGGAGGAGUACUUGGCCCAGUUACAGGAGGCCAAGGAGUACUAAGGAAGGUGCUGAGUUGGAGAACCGCACUCCCAAGUCCCUCUCCCCACCCUUGCCCAAGCUCAACUGUGGGAGGUUGUCUGGCACUGCAGGUCCCCUGCCUGUGACCUCCAGGCAGGCCAGGGCCCCUGGGUGUGUUGUGGGGGAGAAGGUUGAUGGGUGUACAGGGCCCAGAGUCUGGGGGUGUGGUGGACAUGUGUGUGCCCUCAUGUUUCUUGGGGCAUCCUCUCCUGACUACCAGGAAAAGCUGCCAUAGCCUGGGCUCCUCUUCCCUGGCUCUGCACACAGGAGUGGCCACAGCAUUCCAGAUCCGUCCUGAUUGCCAGGAGCUGCUGCAAAUUCUCAGACCCUCAUCCUGGCUGAGCAGGGGAAUGAGGGGACAAUAAGAAAGUCCACUCAUGUCAUCUGGCCCUACAGCCGCCCCUUGCUGGGCCUGUACCUUGGUGACCACACUUCCUUGAAGGAUGGUGUAGAUGCCCCUCUCAUCCCGGUCCUCCUCCCUGCCAGGAACCACUGCAGGAGGGCGUCUUAGCUCCGAGUUGCCCUCUUCGGGAAGACACAGGUUAACCUGGUGCCUGAGUGGGCAGACAGAAUGAUGCACACUCCAGGCAGGGAAUGGGUUCAGUGCCUUGUGUCCUAUCCAGUGGGAGGGAUUUGCAGGGUUUGGGGUGGGCUCCGGAAGGUUUCAUGUGCCUGUGGUGAUUGUAAAUCAGCAAUCCAUUGGAGGGACUGAUUUGCAGCAUUUGGGUAGUUUCUGUUAGAUUUACACCACUGUGGUGUCACCGAGCACACUGGCUCAGACUUGGGAGGAAAAAGCAGCUCUCUGAGCACAUCCUGUUCCUCUCCCUGGCCUCCUCCCAUCCCCCAAGACACACUUCCUUGCCUUUUAGAGGGCUGAGAUGUUGAAGCCCCACCUGUCCCUGUUCAUAAAAGCCUCCCAAAAAGGUAAGGGACUUCUAGACAGCUGUCCUGAAGCUCUCUGGGAUCCUCAGAAA